AUGUCUACCGUCCUCGAACGUGAUCCCGAAAUGGGCGGCCCACUGCUUGUCAGAAUAGACGAGAACGAAGUUGGACCGCCUGUCGAGGCCAAGCCCGCUCACGACCUUGAAGCCCAGAGGGUUUUUCUGGACCCCGAAGUCAUAGACGAGUUCUUCCGUCUGGCUCCCUUUGCCGAUAAGGAAGAGAAUCUGCUCCGAGCCGAGAUCGGGGAUGUGAUCAACAACAUCGAUUCGUUCAUGGUGAAGUUCAAGCACGUCGACCACCACAUAUACUUUGGGUGGAACUUUGGGAAAACGCUUGAGACAAACGAGACGUGGCACAGCAUCGAGAGGCGCAUGGCCAUCACCCCGUCGGAGAUGCAUCGGAUUCUGGGCCGGCUCGAGCUCUUCAUGGACCAUCAGGUGGAGGUACUGAAGGCCGAGAUCGCGAGGAAGGAAAUCGAGAACCGCAAGGCUCGAGCUGAAGCCGCCACCGGUCACAGCCCACAGCAGCCGGCCGAGGAGACCUCCGAAGAGAAAAUCCUGAAGGAGCUCGAGAGGAGAGCAGAGCUUCGUCGACUGUUCAGUACCAUAUCAAACCAGGUCAGGGGAAGCGCCGGAGAGGCUCACAAGGCCAUGGAGAGGGACGAGAAAUCCGCGAAGAUGGCCUGGAAGCAGGUGUGGAAGGUGGUCGCGUGGUCGAUCGGGAUCGUCACUGGGUCUGUCAUGUUCUGGCUCAGGGUCAAGGGGAUCUUUGCGAAACCCACCGAAGUCCUCCAGGCCGUGUUCAUUGCGUUCAUGCCUCUUGCGUUCCCAGGGGUUGGAAGGGGUCAAGAUCCAGCAAAUGAUGAUCAAUCAUGCGGACCUUGGCGCUGGAGCGAGCCAUGGCGAGGCCGUUGA